AUGAAAGAGACACAGUCCGGAUUGGCUGACUCUAUGGAUGAAAACAAAGAGUUCGAGAAGGCCUCGGCGGUGGUCGCGAAGCACGUGAAGCUGCUGCGGGAGUACAACGAGAUCAAGGACGUGGGGCAGCAGCUGAUGGGCAUGGUUGCCGAGAAGAGAGGAGUCACUGUGGGAAGUCUGUAUGUGACUGGGGAAUUUGGCGUCGGGCCCAAAGAUUGA